CAUUUUCGGAUUUCGCUCACAAUUUUUACUUCUCCCCUUUGCCCAUCUUUUUUAUCAUCAGCAAAUGUCGUUACUCUCAUAUCUUCCGCUGACCCUGCUCAAUAGCCCUGAGUGGAAACAAAAUCCUUUUAGAGCAGGAUUCAUUUAUGCAAACUGCACAGAUACUCCAAUAUUCCCCGAGUGGGCCUUGUUGCUCUUGACUUGUUUUAUCAUCAUGAGAGUCGUGUUCAUACUUGGCUGUGCAGGCAUCAUGUUUAUACCUGUUUUCAAGGGGUCUAAUAGUCGGAACAGGUAUUUUUACUUGCUCCGUAAAGUAUAUCCAGAAUCUGGAAAUGGUAUGCCUUAUCUAGUUCCAAAUCGGUGUACGUCGAUUGUUGUGUGCGAACUUUUGACCAGUGUGCUGUACAUGCUAUCGGGUUGCUUCAACUAUAUGUACUACUCGGGCGUCGGAAAACAGCGAGGUCCAAAACAGUUGAUAAUGAUGUGGUUUAUCAUCGCAUGGCUUCCUUCUUAUGUAGGUAUGGUUAUGGCUUCAUGGGCGCUUUGCUACGCCUGUCUUUGUGACGUAGAGGGCACGAAGAACAAGAAAUAUUCUCGGAUUCUUACACCAAUGGUCUACAACUCUAUUUGGAUAUCGUGGUCGCUCGUUGCGAUUGCUGUACCAUCAUAUUGGACAGUCCACUCAAUUCGCCAGUUAACGGAGGUAGAGAGACAUCUACACCAGGUCCUACCCUUACUAGAACAGGCAUCCCUUUCUUGGGAUGCUCAUCACGAUUUUGGAAUUCUAGCUCAUAGCGAGUUGGUGUCUCGUAUAAACUCCUUACUUGAAGCUUGGUACGAUGUAGACUCGGUAAUCACCGGUUUCGCGAUUACUUGGAUUGUGUUGGGAGCUGCCUUAGCUUUCUUCUACAUUUUUGUAGUCUGCGUCUUGCUGCAUAUGCUCAAACAAGUUUUGCGUAUGCGUGAAGCCGAUGCAAUGACUGUCAAUGCAAAAUGGUCUUCCACAAUAUUGCGCGAAUUGCAGAAAGAAUUUCAGUUUUUGUUUAGAUCUUCAUUCGUGAUUGUCCUAAGUAUCUGUGCUCAAGUGUGUGAGGCCAGUCUUAUGGUUUUUGUCAGUCGACGUAUGGAUAUAAUGCCUUGGAGAAUCGCAGGCACUGUCCUCUGUCAGUUUCCCGGGAUUUUCAUGGCGCCGGCACUUCUUUUGCAAUCGUGGCGUAUCUUCACCGAACGUUCCACAGAUGAAUCCGAGUUUUGUCGGGUCCCGCUGAACCCGGUUACCGAAGGCAUCCCAAAAUUGUCUUCUCAGCUUUUGGGUUGGGAUACCACUGUGUGUUGGAAAGAAGAAAGAGAUACCGGCGAAGGAAGUUUCCCCGGCCUGCGCCCAAUCAAUACUCUAGCCAAAUCUGCUACCUGUAGGGAAAGUCUGAUAUCAUCCCCUGAUGUUGAGAAUAUUCACAUUACCCGCUCAACUGUCAUUACUCAAGAUGUCAUCCGAGUCUGAUGUUAUAUAUGGAUAUAUAUAAACUUGACUGUCACUAUAUCAUCUAGUGGGUAAUCUGUCUUGAUAUACCUUUGCAAUAUGUUGGUUUUUUUUGUAUGUUGUGUGUGAAUGUGAAUGUGUAGGCCAUGCUGGAUGACUUGUCAUACUUAAUUUAUCAUACUUCAAAGCUUCCAAUGAUAAUCAAAUUUUUCUUGAUACCAUACUUUUUGUCAAUCAUUGUAUCAUGUGAUGCUUAUUUAUCACAUAACAUAUAGAUAAUUAACUAGAUACUUUCCUUUACCAUUUCUGCUUGACCCAAAUAAUCAUAUUGCAUGUUUUCU